AUGCAGUCUAUCUGGUGGUGUUGUUGUGUCUUGAUUUUUGUGGGUAUGGGACAGGGUUAUCGUCAGGAUGACAAGGAAUACGCGAGGGAUCCGUGGAGGGGAAUACCGAUGAUAUGCUCGGUUGAGGACCCUAAGAAUAUAUCGAUAUCUUGUCAUGGUGUGAGGAUUGUUAAACGCGUUAUACAACAGCUGUUGGAGAGUGCUGUUCACGCGCCGCGCAUUCAAAUCACCGAGGGCAUCAGCAUUGUCGAGGCUGAUGACGGGGUGAGGAGGGGCAGGACCAUGAAGAACUCGAUCUUGGGGCUGCUGCAGGGACGGGAGCUGAGGGUGAAGCUGCCUAGCUUGCUACCCGCGAAUUUUGAGGAGGUUGUCACGGGCAGCCUGCCUAGUGCGAGGAGCGGCGGGGGUGGCGGCCUUGGGGGGCUUGGAGGCGGUGGCAAGAAGGGCGGGAAUAACUUCAUGAUUCUCGCUUUGAUGAUGGGAAAAAUGUUGGGUGCCAUGGGUUUUGGUGCCCUCGGCCUGCUAGCCGGAAAAGCGUUAAUGGUGUCCUCCCUAGCGCUGAUGCUAUCACUGAUCGUGGCAGCCAAGAAAUUCGCGAGUUCCGGAAGCUCCGACGGUGGCCAUCACGUUGUAUAUGCUCAAGAAGUAAGCAGUGGUCACGGACAUCACACGAAGAGGAGUACAGAUGAUCCAGAGCUCUCGCCCUACAGCGGCUAUUAUCCAACUGCAACAGCUAAAUCAAUUUAA